AUGGAGGCGGUGGAAAUUUCAGAAAUGGGAGAAGGGGAAAGGAGGAGCGGUUUGGGGAAUUUUUUGAAAGAAAAUGGAAAAAUGGGGAUGAGGGGAGCUUUGGCUAGGAUUACAUGCAUAGCAGAAGAUGAGAAUGGGUACGAGAGAACUCCAUUCUCCAUGGUGAGCCAUAAAAGUAAUGAAAAUGGUUUCUUCAUGGCAACAUUUUUAGUGUCGGAUGUACUUGGUUCAGAUGUUAAUGAUAUGUUGAAACUCAAAGAGUGCAAAGUUUUCCUUGAAGGUUGUCCAAUGGAGGCUGCUUGUAAAAUUGCUAGUGAUGUUAACAAUGGAGUCAGUGGAGCCCCACUCUCUUCAUAUCGCUUCCUUCCUCAGAAGGUUAUGGCUCUGUACACAGUUGGACCUUUCAUCUAUACCUCUAACCACCCUGAUGACCAUUACUAA